UUCAUCCAGGUCUCUCCACUAGUGGAAAUAGUUUGAAGCCAAGGAAGAGGGGGUAAUAUAUAAAGCAGGACAGGACAGGAACACAACACCAAAGAGCGCGGUGAUUCCUGUAGCGCACAACAACACAGCGCGUCGCUUGGAUUUGUCUUCCACGCUUCUGCGUCUCACUCGGUGGCUGCUGACAAGCAAAAAAAAAAUAAUAAUAAUGAGUGAUAACUCAGACAUUUCGUCAGCCUGAUGCGCUUCGAGGAUGUCAGAGCGCUCUAAACAAACGCACUUCUGGGUUUUAUUAUUUAACAUUUCGAACGCGUAUUGCUCUUGAAAAACUUUCCGAGGCUGUAGAUUAAAAAAAAAAAGAAGAAAAUUGCAGAAGUCUCCCGCGGCGCAGGGUUUGGAGGACGUUGGGGCUUGUCGGCGUAUUACUUUCUGCUUGUCUGUGCGCACUUUUCGCGAUGGAGCUGAAGAUCGCAUGCCGUUUGCUCCUCUUCCCGAUCCAAAUGUUCUUCCACAUCGUCCGGGCCGGUCUGCUGUCGCUGUUGCCAAGCAGCAAAAAGGACUUAAGCAAGGAAGUGGUAUUGAUCACCGGCGGAGGUCGAGGCAUCGGACGUCACCUGGCCAAGGAGUUUGCCAAGCAAGGAGCCAAGAAGGUGAUCCUUUGGGGCAGAACAGAGAAGUGUUUAAAAGAGACAGCUGAAGAAAUCGCCCUCUCUGGAUCAGAGUGCUGUUACUUUGUAUGUGAUGUGGCCAAUCGGGACGAGGUGUACAGACAAGCCAAGGUGGUGAGAGAAAAGGUUGGAGAUGUUACGAUAUUGGUGAACAAUGCAGCUGUAGUGCAUGGCAAAAGUCUGAUGGACAGCGACGAUGACGCGCUUCUCAAAACUCAACACAUCAACACCUUGGGGCAGUUCUGGACAACAAAGGCGUUCCUGCCCCGAAUGCUGGAGCUACAGCACGGCCAUGUUGUUUGCAUUAACUCCAUCCUGUCCCAGUCCCCGAUCCCAGGGGCGAUAGACUACUGCACCUCUAAAGCCUCUUCCCUGGCAUUCAUGGAGAGCCUGACACUUGGCCUGGUGGAUUGUCCCGGCGUCAGCUGCACCACCGUGCUUCCUUUCCACACAAACACGGAGAUGUUCCGGGGUAUGAGAGUCAGGUUCCCCCAGCUCUUUCCACCACUCAAACCAGAAGUAGUUGCUCAGAAGACUGUUGAUGCUGUCAGAACUGACAAGGCCUUCAUUUACCUGCCCUGGACAAUGCACAUGCUUGUUAUACUUAAAAGCUUCAUGCCGCAAGUUGCUCUUGAGGAAAUCCACAGGUUCUCUGGGAGUUAUACCUGCAUGAACACAUUCAAAGGAAGGACAUGAAUCUGAAAUGCACACAACUCAAGAGAGACUUUCAAAGCUCUGGGCUAAAAUAAAGGGAAUAUGGACCUUGAAGCAAUCAAAGGUGGAAGACUUCUUUUGAAAUUGAAGAUGAACACUUAGCAAACAUAAAAGGGUGUUGUUUCUGCAAGUAGACGUGAGCUAUAAACUACAUGAAGCACCUGACCCUGUGUACAUGUGGAAGCAUGCAUAUCAUAUGUAUAAAUCAGAAGCCAUGCAUAAUUCUGUACAAGCUGUUAUUCUGGGAUGGUUUUUAUGACACAUUUACUGUUUGUACAAUUCUUUUUUAUCAUUUUUAUUUGGGUCUUACGGAAAACAAAGUAAUAAAAUUGAGUUUUAGAAA